UUCAUCACCACUCAUCUUAAUUAGCCAUCACUCGAAGAAAUCAAGGCAGGCUAGCUUAAGAGAUAAAAUGGAGGUUAUCAAGUCUAUCUUUGCUGAUCGCCAUUGUUCUUUCUUCCUGGUCGUGCUGCUUCUGGCCUCAACAAUGUCAUUAGCGAUUGCAGAGAUCCACCACCAUGAUUUUGUUGUUCAAGCAACGAAAGUGAAGAGGCUGUGCAAAACCCACAAUAGCAUCACAGUCAAUGGGAUGUUCCCGGGGCCAACCCUGGAAGUGAAAAAUGGAGACACUCUAGUUGUAAAAGUUGUCAACAAAGCUCGAUACAACGUUACCAUUCACUGGCAUGGUAUUAGGCAAAUGAGAACGGGCUGGGCAGAUGGGCCAGAAUUUGUGACACAAUGCCCGAUCAGACCAGGUGGGAGUUAUACCUACAGGUUUAAUAUUGAAGGACAAGAAGGGACACUUUGGUGGCAUGCUCAUAGCUCUUGGCUUAGAGCCACCGUUUAUGGUGCUCUAAUUAUCCAUCCAAGAGAAGGAUCCUCGUAUCCGUUCACUAAGCCAAAACGUGAAACACCCAUACUUCUUGGCGAAUGGUGGGAUGCGAAUCCCGUUGAUGUGGUGAGGGAGGCAACUAGAACUGGAGCAGCUCCAAAUAUAUCUGAUGCAUAUACCAUUAAUGGUCAACCUGGUGAUCUUUAUAAUUGUUCCAGCGAAGAUACUACCAUCGUUCCGAUCGCCUCUGGUGAGACAAACCUCCUUCGAGUCAUCAAUGCUGCACUCAAUCAACCGCUUUUCUUCACCAUAGCCAAUCACAAGUUCACAGUUAUUGGUGCUGAUGCCUCGUAUCUUAAACCCUUUACUACCUCUGUCAUAAUGCUAGGACCAGGCCAAACCACUGAUGUUUUGAUCUCAGGCGACCAACUACCUGGCCGUUAUUACAUGGCAGCUCGAGCUUAUCAGAGUGCGCAAAAUGCACCAUUUGACAAUACUACAACCACUGCCAUUCUUGAAUACAAAUCUGCCCUUUGCCCUGCUAAGUGUACAACAAAACCAGUUAUGCCUCGACUUCCAGCUUAUAACGACACAGCUACAGUUACAGCAUUCAGUGGAAGCCUUAGAAGCCCUCGAAAAGUCGAGGUCCCAACAGAUAUUGACGAGAACCUCUUUUUCACAAUUGGUCUAGGGCUUAACAACUGUCCUAAAAAUUCCAGAGCUAAGCGGUGUCAAGGACCCAACGGCACUCGCUUCACCGCUAGCAUGAACAAUGUUUCUUUUGUGUUUCCUUCAAACAUUGCGUUACUGCAGGCGUAUCAGCAAAAAGUUCCUGGAAUUUACACCACUGACUUUCCAGCGAAACCACCAGUAAAGUUUGAUUACACUGGUAAUGUGAGUCGUUCCCUCUUUCAGCCUGUUCGUGGAACUAAGCUGUACAAGUUGAAGUACGGAUCAAGGGUGCAGAUUGUAUUGCAGGACACGAGCAUUGUCACGCCAGAAAACCACCCAAUCCAUCUUCAUGGAUACGACUUCUACAUCAUUGCAGAAGGAUUUGGAAAUUUCAAUCCCAAAACUCAUAAAUCUAAAUUUAAUCUUGUUGAUCCACCAAUGAGGAAUACAGUUGCAGUGCCUACGAAUGGAUGGGCAGUAAUUAGAUUUGUUGCUGACAAUCCAGGUGUGUGGCUAAUGCACUGUCACUUGGAUGUUCACAUCACAUGGGGUUUGGCCAUGGCUUUCUUGGUAGAGGAUGGGAUCGGGGAAUUACAGAGUGUAGAGUCUCCUCCAGCAGAUCUGCCGAUAUGUUAAUUAUGAUCUAAACAUAAAAGAAGAUUUUACCCAUUGUUGACAUUCUUCAGAAGACAACAGCUAUAGGAUUUUCUUUCCUUCCUUUUCUGGUUGUUGUAUUCAAUUACAUGUGUUGUUCUUCCCUACAUUUGGGGACAUAGUUCAAUAUUGUAUUUUUCCUCUCUUUUAUUGGUAGAUAAUAGGCGGGUAUACAAGAGAUGGUGCCUUUGAAACAAGAGUCGCCAUCUCAUGUUAGUGUGACUGACCUGCUUGUUUCUUGAUUUUAGAGCUAUUUUUCUCUCUUCGUUAAUAAUACAAUCAUACUUUAUGAA